UUUUUUUUUUUUUUUUUUUUUUUUUUUGAGAGAAUGAUAUGGUUAGAUUUGAUGAACAGUCAAUUAGACCACCACAGCGGCAGCAUGGUCAUCCAUGACGCAGCUGCAGCUCCAAGCAUGGAAGCGUUGCAUGUCUCUUGCUCAACGCUGCGCCAAUAUGAGCCAACUAAAGCCCAUUCACUCCAUCUUUAUCACCCACGGUCUGCACCUCGACAACUACGCCAUUAGCAAACUCGUUACCUUUUCUGCACUCUCCGACUCCGGCGACCUCUCAUAUGCGUCUCGUCUCUUUAAUCAUAUCGAGAAACCCAAUUCGUAUAUUUACAACACCCUUAUCAGAGCCUAUUCGCGCAGUUCUAAGCCUCAUUUGGCUCUGUGUUACUUCAAGCUCAUGUUAAGAACAUGCGACGAAUUAGUUAUUUGUGAUCACUGUACUUUUCAUUUUGUCCUUCUUGCCUGCGUUAAUGGCGUUUGGUUAAUUGAAGGAAAGCAAAUUCAUAACUGGGUUGUGAAAAAUGGGCUGAGUUUGUUGGAUGGUCAUGUGCAGACCGCGCUUAUUAGGUUGUAUGCAGAGUGUAAGGUUAUGGGUGAUGCUAGAAAGGUGUUCGAUGAAAUUCCUCAAAGAGAUCAAUUUCAGUGGAAUGUUCUUAUGAAUGGGUAUAUUCUAUGCAGUUUCGCUUCUGAGGCUUUAAAAGCUUUCCAAGAUAUGUUGGCAAUUGGGUUUGAGCCUGAUGAGUUUUGUGUGGUUACUGCACUCAUGGCUUGUAAUCAUUUGGGUGCUCUUUGGCAGGGGAAGUGGGUUCAUGAGUACACUAAGGAAAGAAAAGGAUUUGAAUCGGAUAUCUUCGUUGGGACGGCUCUUGUUGAUAUGUAUGCCAAGUGUGGUUGUCUAGACAUGGCUGUGGAAGUCUUUGAAAACAUGCCAAAAAGGAAUGUGUUCUCUUGGGCAGCCAUAAUAGGAGGACUUGCAUUACAUGGGCAUGCUAGGAAAGCAAUUCAUUGCUUGGAAAGGAUGCAAAUGGAGGAUGGAAUCAAGCCUGAUGGGGUUGUCCUUCUUGGAGUGCUUGUGGCUUGUACUCAUGCAGGGUUUCAAAAGGAAGGCCAGCUUUUGUUACACAACAUGAGAAGUCAGUAUGGGAUUUCGCCUAAACAUGAGCACUAUAGUUGUUUGGUGGACUUGCUAUGCAGGGCAGGAAAAAUAAGGGAAGCACAUGAGCUCAUAAGAAAUAUGCCCAUGAAGCCACUUGCUUCUGUUUGGGGUGCUUUACUAUGUGGUUGCCGAAUUCAUAACAAUGUUGAUCUUGCUGAGCUUGCUGUCAAAGAGCUUCUACAGCUUGAAAAUGGGGAUAAGACAGGGGAAGAUGGAGUCUAUGUUCAAUUGUCAAACAUUUAUUUGGCUGCACGAAGAAGUGAAGAUGCAGUUAGGAUACGAAAGAUGAUUGGCGAUCGGGGAAUAAGGAAGACACCAGGUUGGAGUAUGAUAGAAGUUGAAGGAAAGAUGAAUGAGUUUGUUUCAGGAGAUGUUAUGCAUUCAUGUCGAUUCGAGAUAUGUAUGAUGCUGGAUUUACUAUCUUCUCAUAUGGUUAAGGACCCUUUGUAGAGAGUACAAUGAUGGCCAAAGAUGAGUUUACUUGCUCUUUUUUUCAAAUACAAAUAUACAUAUUGUACACCAGAAAUUGUGUGAAAAAUAAGUAAAUUUUAUUCCCAUUGAAGGUCUGAGAAAUUGAAGUAUAACAUUUCCAUCAAUUCCCAUAACAACACUCAGAAUUUUUUAUAGCUGUUGAAAAUCCCAUUAAUGGAAAAUACUCAUCCUACAAA